GUGGUAAUAAUAGUAAUCAUAUAUGCACCUUUUAAUACCAUUUUAUCGUGGUAGUUUUCGCGGUCGUAGACCAUAUUUUAAAACCUUGGCCAUAAGCAUCUCUCAUUUUAUUUUUCUUCUUGUCGUUUGAUUGAAUAAUAGCAUCUUCCUCAAAAUCUAACUAAACUAUUACAAGACAAAAAAGAGAAAGAAGAAAGAAGAAAGGGAAUAUGAACUUUCACCAACUCAUUUCCAAGAAGGCUCCUUCCCCUUUUCUACUCUACCUCAUAAGACAAAGCAAUCUUUCAACUAGUCCUAUAAUCUAAUCCAUCUCAUUCAUUUCACAUUUUCCUUCCAAGCCACUAUUCCAUUAGCUCUUUCACUCCCACUCACAAAACAUAAACACAAACACAAAACAAGACUUGAAAACAUCUCUUACCAUUUCUUCAUCUUCACCAUUCUCUCACCUUCUCUUAUGAUCUCCACAAACCAAGACCCUCUUCCCACCCACACCCACACCCAUUUCUCCAUCAUGCUCAAACUCCUCAACAAGAAUCUCCGCCGCUUCCUCUCCCAUCUCCGCUGUCCAAUUCAACCCCGCUCGAAAUCCAAAGUAACCGUCGUAAUCGACAAAUUAAACAACCACGACCCAACACCUCAAAACGAAACAAGCUCAAAUUUUUCAUCAGCACUUCAUCCAAAAACCGAGAAAAAAAUCCGGGUCGCUACUUUCAACGCCGCACUUUUCUCAAUGGCACCACCAACUCUUCCCAAAACAACAACAUUCGAAGACGAAAACGACAUCGCUUUAAAAUACAGCAAAUCCUUCGAGCUAAAUUCUCGAUCGAAUUCAACAAACGACAGACCAAAAAGCAUACUGAAACAAACUCAACCACAAUUUGGAUCAUCCCAUUCUCAACAACAAAACAACAUAAAAUCAAAAACAAGAGUCUCCAUCAAUUUACCGGAUAACGAGAUAUCGUUGCUAAGAAGUAGACAAUCGAGUUUCUCGGAACACGAAAGGGCGUCGACGAGUAGCAAUUGGGGAAGUGUUCGGAGUGGGAGGACGUUGGUGGAUGUGUUGAGAGAAGUGGAUGCAGAUGUAUUGGGAUUGCAAGAUGUGAAAGCGGAAGAAGAAAAUGGAAUGACGCCAUUGUCGGAUUUAGCGGCGGCUUUAGGUAUGAACUAUGUGUUUGCAGAAAGCUGGGCGCCGGAAUAUGGUAACGCGGUUUUGUCUAAAUGGCCUAUUAAGCGAUGGAAUGCCCACAAAAUCUUUGAUCAUACAGAUAUCAGGAAUGUUUUGAAGGCAACUAUAGAUGUACCUGAAGCAGGUGAGCUAAACUUUUACUGCACUCACCUCGAUCAUCUCGACGAGAAUUGGCGGAUGAAGCAGAUAAACGCAAUAAUCCAAACGAACGACGAGCCUCACAUCUUAGCUGGAGGACUUAAUUCACUCGAUGAAUCCGAUUACUCGCAAGAAAGAUGGACAGAUAUUGUAAAGUACUAUGAAGAGAUGGGAAAGCCAACACCAAAGGUUGAAGUGAUGAAACAUCUCAAGAGUAAAGAUUAUACAGAUUCUAAAGAUUAUGCAGGGGAAUAUGAAUCGGUUGUAAUGAUUGCCAAAGGACAAAGUGUGCAAGGGACAUGCAAGUAUGGAACUCGGGUAGAUUACAUAUUAUCAUCAUCGAAUUCGCCGUAUAAGUUUGUUCCUGGUUCCUACUUAGUCCUUUCGUCCAAAGGGACAUCAGAUCAUCACAUAGUGAAAGUUGAUGUGAUGAUCAAGGUAAAUAACAAUUCUCAAGAAAACGUGACAAAGAAACCGCAACAACAUAGACAGAAAAUUGUAAGAAUAACACAUUCGACUCCGUCAAAAGGUAUUUGGAAAACACACAACGGAGAAGUAUAUUGAAUUGUUUGUUCCUCCGCAGUUUAGAUGAGUGUAUUUGUUUUGUUUCUACUUCCUAAUCUUAUGUUAUACAACAUUCUUCAAAUUGAAUUAGAAGAAUAUGAAAGAAAAGAGUGAGUGUAAUGUGUAACUUUUUCUUUUUUCAAUUUGUAUAGCCUGAGUUUUGAUUAACAAAUUCCAAAAUCUACAGAGUGAUUUGCUUCCCCUUC